AUACGCGUAGUAUCUGGGCUAUGACACUUGUCGUCCCGUUUGUGAGUUGGUGCAGGUAUUGACAACAUGGCAUCCAGUGGUGCUGCUGUGUUCACAAGGAAUAAUCCCUUUCCGCCAGACCCCCCUCCCCAAAAAACACAUUACAGCCCCUCACUCAUCAGUAAAAUUUCCAAGCAAGCAAGGAAAACUAUUCUGAGCCCUGUUCGACUUAACAAGCGGACAAGCCCUGUUCCGACCAGGAUAAACACACUAAAUCCAGAAGACCAGCGUUUCAACGGAGCAGCUCACCACUUUGCGGACUGUCCUCCAAACACAGAGGACCAGACUAGUUUCUCUGAUUCCUGGCCCUCCAUUGAUCUUGGGUCUUCCCCUGCCAACACUCCAGCAUCCCUGAACAAGGACACAUUAACAAGGGACCCAACAUCAGGUGUUUGGAAAGGAGAGCCUCAAGAUUCAGUUUUGGCAAAAUAUAUAGAACGCUUUCGUCAUGGAAGGCCACAGAGUCGGGAGGAACGUCAGCAAAUGUGGACCAUAGUGGGAGAGGGCCAGCAGCCAUUCUGGUGGCUAUCCUCUUCCCCUCUACCACCCUGUUCUACACCAACCCAAACCACUGACAAAGGCUUUUCUGUUAGAAACAACACUGCCACCCCCCUCAGUCCAAUUGGUCAGUUUCGGUAUGAUGCAGCCUCAUCCCCAUGUACAGGCCUUCUGGAUCUUAGUGCCAUGGAAUUGUCAGACUCCUCUCACUGUGACCUUGGAGACGCAGAUCUACUGCAACUACAAAAGAAGGCUAGCAAGUUGUUACAUCAAAGUGAGCAGUCCCUCAGUAGUGGAUCUAUCCCCAUCAGCUCUGAGGGCCUGGGCUGCUCUGAUUUUUCAUUCCCUGUAAGCAUUGAGGAGCCAGUCCGAAGGCCUUUAGUAUCCAGUCUUGUCAGCUCAACCACAGAGAUGGGGAAUCUAAGCUCAUCAGACAUUUAUACUGGCACCACGACCAAACCAUUAGUGCUGGAUCCCCAAGCGCCCCGCACGCGCCCAGAGGAGGACAUCCUGUUUCAGUGGCGUCUAAGGAGGAAGAUUGAGCUGGCUAGGCAGUGGUCCCAGUCAAACCCACACCAGCCGUCUGUCAACCGGGAGGCUUGGAAGGUCCAGCAGAAUCCUCUCCCUGACCGUUCCAGAGGCACCCCCUCCUACACCCCAGACCCUCAGGAGACCAGUGCCCCUGGUGGACUGUUCCCACCUGCAACUGCCCCCGUGCCCCCCCUUCUCAUUUCCAGCCACAUGGUCUCCAAGUUGCAACCAAACACCACGGUCCCUUCCCAUAUGCACCUCCUCUGUGAUGUCCUGCCCUGCCCCACUCACUCCCCUUUACACAGUCACAAGAGAAGCCAAAACAGAAGGGAUGUCCCUGGGGCUGACAGGACCCUCCAGAAGCCCAACGCCCAGACCAGAUCCGGAGACACCUCCAGUAGUAAAUUAGGAUCCUCUGCAGCAUCUUCCAGGUCUGAGGCUACAGAGGAUGAGGGGUCAGUUCAGCAGAGGAGAACAGAGAGGACAAAGAAGACACUACAGAAGAAGGAGGUAGACAGGAGUGAGAAACGCACAGGGCCAUCCAACAGGAACAAGAAAUCAGCCAGGCAUAAUGUUGGUGACGGAGUCCUCCCUGAGAGGCAGAGGAGUGUGAGCCGACAUGACAACAGGGGUUCAGAUAGGGUCACACAAUGGAGGGAGGAGCCUGACAGAGAUGUUGGGGAACAAGACAGAAGGCCAGUAAGUGAAGGCCGCCCUGGAGAUGGUGCUCCUCCUCCCUCUCCCAUACACAGUGCCCUGGGACAGGUCAUUUCAGAAGUACUGUUCCCGACCACAGGCUCCCCAGACCUGUCGAAGUCCCCCGUGUCCUUGGACUCUCCAGGAUACACCCGUCCUGUGACCCCUGGCCCCCCUUCCCAUGUACAGCCGCCACGGGAGGUUGUAGCUCAGUUGCUGCAGGAAGCUGAAGAUUCAGACGAGAGAGAUUUUGAGGAGGACCCCUUGCUGCAUGUGUUACGGCAGCAAAGGAAGUGGGUGAAAGAGCAAAUCAGCGAGGUGAACUCACUGUUGAAUGAACUCCAGGAGGCGUGAUGACUGGUGUUGAGCACACAUGGAACAAAAACUACAGUCAGUGCAAAAGCAUUGUAUUUUAUUUUGUACAGAAAUAUUUAGUGCAUUUAUUUCUGUGGU